CUUUUAGUAAAACAUUGGUACAAUAGAUCUUUGUUCAGGUUGAGUUUGUUGCAUGUAAACUUGGUGUAAUGUUACGUUAUCCCAACUUAACAUGAAACAGUUUGAAAUUCUAAAAUAUUAUGAAAAUGCUAAAGGGGUGUGUCACUUGCAGUAGAGGGGCUGAUCACAGCAAUUGCAAUAGGGGUGUGGAAGCAGUCAUAAAGGCUGAAGACUUGCAUCUGAAGACUUGUGCAUUUUGGAGCUUUAUAACACUACAGUGACUUAGCAGUCUGCCUUCAACUUGAUCUUCCUGUCAGGCUAAAAAUGGCUGCACCAUCAGGUGAAUUUAACAGAAGUGUUCUUGUUCAAAUCGCUAACAACACCGAGAACAAAUUAUUCACCUCACCUGCGACUUAUAUCUACAGCGGUUAUAUAUACAGUAAGCCAACACCCUUGAUCAAUCCUGGGAUGAAAGGAGAGGCUCUGUUUGUUAGGACUUCAGGUACGGCUCGCGGAAGUGUUGGGGUGCUGACCUACACAUUUGGUCAUACCCAGGUCUCGCUGCUGUUCUCCAAUCCCUAUGAUUACAACUUGUACUCCACGUUUUUUGCCUUAUACAUUCCUUAUGAACCUGAACAGACAGAUGAAAAUCUAUACUACAAGAUGUAUUACGAACUUGUACCGUCUUGCAACUUUGCUAAAAUAACAUUGGAUUCAGGAAUUGGAGAAAUUUCUGUUUGUGGCGGGAAUGUAGUUAUCACAGCUACUAUAAAUGCAAUGAAUGAUAGUUCCAUCAGCAUUGUUAUCAGAGAUAAGGAUUGCGCUGGUAAAGACUGAACUGGAUCCUUCAACAAUUUGUUUGUUGCAGUCUAUCUUCUCCAGCAAUAAUGAAGCUUCCACACACAUAUUUGCAAUUCAUAUCUUUUUAAUAGAUCUAAAAAUAUUGUAUGAUAAUAGAAAAUAUUCAGCUCUUGAAAAUGCUGCAUUAAGAAACCCCAGAGUAAAGUUAGUUGAUUUUCAUUUUUCUUCAGAUUGAAACAUUUAUGUGAACCCAUAAAGUUUUUGGAGACCAAGGUUAGAAGGUGGUGAAGGAAGUUUUUUGGAUUAUUGAAACAGUUUUACUGAUUGUGUGAAUGACCCUGUAUUCAUGUCAUUGGAAUGUAGACCCAACUCUGCUAGUUAAUGUGUUUUAAAACACUCUGUAUUUCAAUCUGUUGUUAUGGGUUCAUACUGACUCUGCUGUACUGUCAUGUACUGCAACAGCAGCAGGCAGUAUUGAGAAUAGAACAAAUAAAUGUUUGAACAUCA